AAAGCAGAAAAAGGAGCACGAUAAUGCAUGCAAAUAUUGUCUGACGGCAUACUUUCGAAAACGAGAGUCUUGUCAUCUUACAGCUGCACCAAACGCGUGAUUACAACAAGUAAGGGAUCAGUAUUUACGCGUUAAUAGCGGGAACAGUUAGUUGUUGAAACAAUUUAAUGCAGAAUCAAAUUGUUAAGGGCUAUAAGAACCUCGCUCACAUCCAUCAAUCUCUCAUCAACGAUCGACCUCUCCGUCCUAAUUAAAAUCACAAACAAAAUGGUAAGUUUUACAAGGGAAGGUGCUUUGUUAUCCUUGCUCUGUCUUAAUGUGCUAGUAGUGAGUGUGCUUGCGAGAGAUGUAGUGGCCGUUGAAAAUGAGGACGAGAAGUUCCUAGGUGUUGAAAAGGGUGGAGGAUUUGGUGGUGGAUUUGGCGGAGGAGGUGGUGCAGGUGGUGGGUUUGGGGGUGGAGCUGGUGGAGGUGGUGGGUUUGGGGGUGGAGGCGGGGGCUUUGGUGGCGGAGCCGGUGGCGGGUUUGGGGGCGGUGCUGGUGGAGGCGGCGGGUUUGGGGGCGGUGCUGGAGGUGGCGGCGGGUUAGGCGGUGGUGCUGGAGGUGGCGGCGGGUUAGGCGGUGAUGGUGGUGGACUUGGAGGCGGCAUUGGGAAAGGUGGAGGAUUAGGUGGUGGAAUUGGCAAAGGUGGGGGAUUAGGAGGUGGAAUUGGUAAGGGAGGGGGAGUUGGCGGUGGGAUUGGGAAAGGAGGAGGUCUAGGUGGAGGGAUUGGAAAGGGCGGUGGCAUUGGUGGUGGGAUUGGAAAAGGAGGUGGGAUUGGUGGAGGUAUUGGGAAAGGUGGUGGACUUGGAGGCGGCAUUGGGAAAGGUGGAGGAUUGGGUGGUGGAAUUGGCAAAGGUGGGGGAUUAGGAGGUGGAAUUGGUAAGGGAGGGGGAGUUGGCGGUGGGAUUGGGAAAGGAGGAGGUCUCGGUGGAGGGAUUGGAAAGGGCGGUGGCAUUGGUGGUGGGAUUGGAAAAGGAGGUGGACUUGGAGGCGGCAUUGGGAAAGGUGGUGGAUUGGGUGGUGGAAUUGGCAAAGGUGGGGGAUUAGGAGGUGGAAUUGGUAAGGGAGGGGGAGUUGGCGGUGGGAUUGGGAAAGGAGGAGGUCUAGGUGGAGGGAUUGGAAAGGGCGGUGGCAUUGGUGGUGGGAUUGGAAAAGGAGGUGGGAUUGGUGGAGGUAUUGGGAAAGGUGGUGGACUUGGAGGCGGCAUUGGGAAAGGUGGUGGAUUGGGUGGUGGAAUUGGCAAAGGUGGGGGAUUAGGAGGUGGAAUUGGUGAGGGAGGGGGAGUUGGCGGUGGGAUUGGGAAAGGAGGAGGUCUCGGUGGAGGGAUUGGAAAGGGAGGUGGCAUUGGUGGUGGGAUUGGAAAAGGAGGUGGGAUUGGUGGAGGUAUUGGGAAAGGUGGAGGAGUAGGUGGUGGUGGUGGUGGUGGAUCUGGUGGUGGGAUUGGUGGUGGGUUUGGAAAGGGUGGAGGUGUUGGAGGAGGAAUAGGAGGUGGUUCUGGCGGUGGCUUUGGAGGAGGAGGUGGCAGCGGAGGUGGCUUUGGUGGUGGGGGUGGCAGCGGAGGUGGCUUUGGUGGUGGGGGUGGGUUUGGAGGCGGUGGAAUCGGACACCACUAAACUUUAUACGUUGCAUGCAUGCAUGCAUGCAAUCUCAUAUAAAGAAAAAAAAGAGAGCCCUCAAUAAAAAUAUAUUAACUAUGCAAUUUGUCUAGUAUUUUUAUUGUAUCGUCAUCAUAAUAAUUGAUUUCUUAAUUACUUAACGUUGUUACUCCGUUCAUGUGUUUUAUUUAUUGUACUUAAUUUCUUCCAAGAAUUUUGCACGCAGGCGCCUAUAUGCUCUUGCUUUCUCUUUAACUCAAAUGUGAACUUGUAUAAUUCCGAGCUCCGGCUAAGCUACACAUGAGACGAAGGAGAGUCAUUAUCAAAACGGCUCCUAUUUUUAUUUAAUAAUAAUAGCAAUUCCAUUUUUAUUUAAA